AAGCAGCAUGUGCUGAGCAUGAGUUUAUUCAAUCCAUUUGACACUAGCAGCCUAAAAGACAGACUUGGUGGCUGUACCUUUCGCUGGAGGCUUCAGUGGCUGCAUGUGAGACAUAAAAAUAGCAUUACUUGUCACACUGCAGGGAGGGUCUCCUGCCGAAUAUCAAAACAACUCAGUGAACCAAGCCUGCGAGCAGCCGGCAGGCACCGAGUGGACAUCAGCCAGACAGAGUGAAACAACAACAGAAACAGAGAGACGGGCCUCUCUCUCUCUCAGUAACACACAUCUUACACAAGCCUUUUUCUCCUCGACAGGCAGAACCGUUCAGCAUGUCGCGAGGCAGCUUUGUCUUCACACCCAUGGCCUUACGGUCUCUUGAACUUGACAAGGACAUGCUGGAAAGAGACAAGUACAAGAGGCAACUUGCUUCCCAUCACCUCAGCAGCUACAUGCUGAAGAAGGAGGCCGUGGACAGAGCGCCGCUGAGGUCCGGCUCUGCUCGGCCGCCGACUGUCUGCCAAGACGUGGUCAUCCAGAACGCUCUGUAUACAGGAGACCUGGAGGCUAUGCAGCACCUUUUUCCUCGAGGAUCCACAGCAAACCUCAUCAUUGAGCCACAGGGAGGGGAGAUGCGCUGGGUCGCCGGAGGGGAAGGACUGUGGUCGCUGACCUACGAGCAGGAGCUGACGACACCCCUUCACAUCACAGCCGGUCGAGGCUUCGCGGACUGCCUGGGACUCCUGCUGCAACGCGGGGCGAAUGUGGACCUCGCACCUGGCGGCAUUACAGCCCUGCACGAGUCCUGCGAGAACUGCCAGCCAGAGUGCACCAAGCUGCUGCUGAUCCACGGCGCCAACGCCAACGCCGUCUCAGAGGACGGCCUCAUGCCUCUGCAUGUUUGCACCAGCCCUGAAUCCCUUGAAUGUGCCAAAUAUCUGCUUCAGUACGGUGCAGCAAUCAGCGGCCGCAGUCUAGAGGAAGACGACACUCCUUUACACGUGGCGGCCAGGAACGGCCUCCCAGACCACGUGGAGCUCUACCUGCGCUACGGAGCCGCCGUGGACAAGCAGAACGACGAGGGUCUCACGGCCCUCAACGCCGCUUGUGCGCAGCCUCAGGAGUCUCAGGACCUGCAGCGUUACUUCCAGGUGUGCCAGAUGCUGCUGGGGGCCGGGGCUGACGUCCACACUCUGGACCAGGACAAACACUCUCCUUUGCACAUGGCCUGCAAGAACGCAAAUCCAGAUAUAGUGGACCUGCUGCUGGCUCACGGCGCCUACGUUAACGACAUGGACUACGGCGGCGAGGCUCCCAUGCACAACAUCCUGAAGGUGGUGUGCUACAAGGUUUCCCAUCAUCCCGAGAGGAUCGUCCGAGCGCUGCUCAACUACGGCUCCAUCCGGGUGUGGCCCGGGGCUCUCCCCAUGGUUAUAAAGCACUGCUGCGAGUCUCCGCGCACCAUCGAGGUUCUCCUCAACGCCUACAGUCACCUGAAAGUCACAGACACCUGGGCUGAGUCGGUGCCUGAAGAGGCGUUUAAGCAGCACAAAGAGUUCUUCCAGUCGAUCCUCUCCUUGGCGCUGACUCCUCGCUCCCUGCAGCACUUGGCACGCUGCCGACUCAGGAGCUUCCUGAGCGACCGAGUGCACGAGGUGGUCCCGAAGCUGGACCUGCCCACCUUCAUCAAGAACUACCUGCUGCUGGAGUACAGAGGAUACGUCCACUGACAGCUCUUUGUGUAGUCGUAGGUAGGUAGAGGUCCUGAUUGUGACCAGAGAGCUGCACACAAUCUGAUCAUCAUUAGUAAUAUAAGGUUUAAUAUUUAGGACAUGCUCUGCAUCACAUGAGCUUGUCAGGAGCACUUGUUAUUUAUACUCUGCAUCAAUGUUCCAGCACAGUGUUUGAUUUUGCACCACAAGAGGGCGCUAUAGACCAGAGCUGAUGGAGUGAAUGGAAGAGAUGCAACUGUAUGUUUUGUAUUUUUUAAUUUUUGAUCUUUUUUUUUUUUACUUCUGAUUUUAACGAGGCUAACUUGCUUGUAAUUUUGUACAUAUUAAUUGUCACACCUCGAUGCCAGUAAGCUCAGUUAUUUUUGCUGUUGUUGCCUUCAUUGAGGACUGGAAGCAAAUAUUUGCAUUUAGUGUUUCCCACCGAUAACAUUUGAGGAUUUAUAUGAACAUUAGGUUUGAUAAAAAUCUAAUAAAACGUCCCACCAUGGCCAUGAAACCUG